CUACACUCCAUCAGGGAUCGUCGGGCCACGCGUCCUUUCAAUCGGAGGCUGUUUCGAGUCCUAGCACCCGUAGAUCAGCGACUGACCCGUCACGAGGCGGCGGCUGGAGACGAAGCCGCAUGAUAUGGGGCAGCGCAGGGGUGGUCGCCUGUGCCUGUCAGGGCUGCUCUUCCUCUCAUCUUUCGCUCUGCAUCGAACGGUGACUGCAGAAGACUCAGCGCAGGCAGGUGAGAAAGGUCCUGUCUGCACCAACUGCAAGGACAGACCCUUUCAUUUGCAGUGUGCCUUUGAUUCAGGGGCCAGUGUUCCUCCUGACGAUGGCGGUGCAGCAGAGGAGGUGUCGGACCUUCAGCUGUCUGGUGGAUCCACCUCUGCUCCACUCCUGGACUCGGACUUCGCAGCAGGUGGCGUCGAGUUGAGUUUCAACAUCCUGGCGAGUGAGGCGGCCAGCGACAUUGAGGCGCCCUCCAGCUGCCCCAAGGACGCCAUCGUGUUGGCUCUCGACGAGCACGGCAAAGGCACGCUGGCGUGGCCGGAAGGCGAAGCCAUGAACUGGAGACCGACACCAGUAUAUGAGGCCCAUAUCAAGGCGGCGAGCAUAGGCAUGGAGGCCAUGACCAUGGCGCGGAAGAACCGGGGAAAGCAGACACAGGCUCAAGAAAAAGAGGGGGACCAACGGCCAAGGGGCAUGCGGACGCCUGAUGGUCUCACGUUCGGUUGCCGCGCUAUUGGGAUGAACAGAGUUGUCCUGCCGAUCGACGGGGACAAGUGUGAGGUCGACGUCCUUGUCGCAGGUAGGUGAGCCAAAGCGUCAUUCGCAGCACCAUCCCAUUCUGCCCCUUUGAGCCGUGCAGACACCACCCCUCCUAGGCUUGACUGCCGCAAGGAAGUGCUGCUGUCAAUCGACAGAACAUCCAACAGGGCGACCCUCAAUGCCUCACAGAUCCUCAACGCAGCCAUCACGGACAACUGUUCGCCCCCUUCAGACCAAGAGAAGGAGGCUUCAGUCGCCCUCUUCAAUGGUAUCGUCAGCCAGGCGGAGUUCUCAUGCGGCGAUGUCGGCAAGAACGGCACAACGGUGGAGGUGAAAGCCGUGGACGUGUCGGGCAAUGAAGCCACGUGCCAGACCAACGUUAUCGUCAAAGGUAGAUAGGUACAAGGCAGCGAGGGUGCGUAUCCGCUCCUCUCCUCCCUCCUCUGCACUGCAUGUGUGUGCAGAUGAGGUCCCUCCCGUGCUGGAAUGUGAGAGGAGCAUCACGCUGCGGCUCAACCAGACAGGCCAGGCAUCCCUGGCACCGUCAGACCUCGGCGCCGCCACCGACAACUGCGCUGCCGCAGCGAGUGACGUCACUUACGUGUUGAGCAAGACGGAGGUUGGAUGCGAGGAAUCGUUUGGGGACUACCCGUUCCCCGUCACACUCAGCGCCCUCGAUGCUGCCGGAAACGUCGACAAGUGCGUCGCGACUGUGCAAGUGAAAGGUGACGCACGUACGAGCACAUUCACAGACAUGUGGACACGUGUGGGCUCUCUCUCUCUCUCCCUCUGUCUGUGCGUGUGUGGGUGUGUGUGCACAGAGGACUUGCCCCCCGAUCUUGAGUGUGCGAAAGACAGCCCCCCGACAGUCCAGCUGAAUGAGAAGGGCAAGGGAUGGCUGGAGGUGAAGGAUGUGGCAGAGGCCUGCGCUCCCAGGGACAACUGCAAUGUGGUUGUCAACGACAGCAUGUACCUGGACAGGUGGGAGUUCAACUGCAGCGACCUCGGCGAACAGACUGUUAUGUUUGGGAUGGACGACACACACGGCAACAAACUGGAAAAGAACAUCACCGUCAGAGUCGAAGGUAAUGACAGAAUUGUCAACGAUACCUGUCACCCCGGAAAUGGUGCAUGUCACGUCAGAUCCCCAUCUCCCGACGGCCGAGUGCGACGACGUCGUGCUCUCCGUAGACCAGGAGGGCAAGGCGUACACGAGCGGCAUCACGGUUGGCUCCCGGAGUCAGGACAACUGCGGGAUGCACAGGAUGGACGUCAGCAGAAAAGUCUUCACCUGCGACGAUGUGGGCAAGCACGAGCUGCAGCUGUGGGUCAAGGACGAGACGGACAACCAAGGCCAGUGCAAGGCCAAAGUCGUCAUCAAAGGUGGCUGGGGGUGGGGUGGGGUGGGGUGGGUGUCAGAGGGAGGGAGACACCAGCCGGACACGAGCACACACACAGAGAGCUCUGCCCUCCUUUGUGUGUCAUGUGUGUGUGCCAGACGACUCCCCUCCCGCCCCUCUCACCUGCAGCGACAUCACCAUCCCCUUCCCCUCCGACCCUUCCGCCACCAACGUCACACUCGACGACUGGAUGGCCUCCUACCUCGUCAUCAGCUCACACGACAACUGCCCACUCCGAGCCACAAUCGACCGCGACAACAUUUUCACACGCGACGAGGUCGGCACCACAGUGACGGUCAAGGUGGAGGCCGAGGACGUCGGGGGCAACAAGGCGCCGGGCGAUCCCUGCACGGCCAACGUCACGAUAGAGCGGCCCUUCGCGUGGCCGAAGGCGGCAUCGAGGGUCGAGAAAGACGCGGCCAUGGAGGCGGCGAUUGAGGAUUUGGUGGGUCGGAUGACGCUGAAGGAGAAGGUCAGCCAGAUGGUCAUGACGCUGCAGUCGUCGGUCGAGCCGGAGCAGCUCACGGACUGGCCACUCGGGGCCGUUCUCUCUGGUAAAUUGAACAGGCCAAAGCCGUUCUGUCGAUGCACUCGUACAAUCCUCUCGCAUUUCCUGGCUGCAGGAGGCGGCUCUUUCGUCGGUGACAAUGAGCCCGCGGAGUGGGUGGCACGCGCACAAGCCUUCCACGACGCUCUGGUCAACAUUCCAAAGGCAACGCAGCAGCGCCUGAACCGCACCAGGGGCAUCCCACUCGGAUGGGCCACGGACGCCGUGCACGGCCACAGUGUCUUGGACCACGCCACACUGUUCCCCCACAACAUUGGCCUUGGCUGUGCCAACGACACCGACCUGCUCGAGAGGAUCGGAGUUGCAACUGCCCAGCAAGUGGCUGCGACUGGCGUGGACUGGGCACUUGCGCCGGCGCUGAGCGUCCCCGAGAGCGUUCGCUGGGGACGGGUUUUUGAGGGCUACUCUGGUCAGUUGAUUCAGGGCUCACUCCUGGCACACAGGCGGUCGUUGUCUUCUCUCUGCAGAGGACGUCUAUACGGUCACCCACCUGGCGAGGUCGCUCAUCAGGGGACUGCAGGUACAUCCAUCCAUCCAUCGGGCCGCACACACGAUGUGUGGUGUCAUGUGUGCAGGGUGUGGUCAGGGUCAGCUCUAACGAAGCGUCUGCCGACGGUGCACAAGAGACACCAGCCCCAUCAGGACAGCGUCGUCUGGCCGGCGGCAGACACCUCCGUGAACCUGAUGAUGAGGGAAAGGACCAUCGUCUCUUAGCGCCUGAUGAAGAUAAGGGUUCAGACGAGGGAUUCCUGGGGCCGGCCAAGGUGAUAGCCACAGCCAAGCACUGGCUUGCCGAGGGGGCGACGAUGUGGGGACAGGACGUGGGAAACACAGUGGCCUCGCAGAAGACCCUGCUCUACAAACACGCCAAGCCGUAGGCACAUUCGUGGACGGCUGGGAGGAUGGUGUGGUGUGAUGGUGUCUGUUAUGUGUGUGUGUGUGUGUGUGUGCAGGUACUACCCAGCCAUAGAAGAGGGUGUGCAGACUAUCAUGGUGGCAAUGGGCUCUGUCAACGGCCGCAGGCUCCACGCGGACAAGUACUUCGUCACUGACGUGCUCAAGGGUCAGCUCGGCUUCGACGGCAUUGUGCUGGGGGACUGGUCGGCCCACCAGUUCAUCCCCGGCUGCUCGUACUACGGCUGCACACCAGCCGUCAACUCUGGCAUCGACAUCUUCAUGGCCACCUACCCCGAGCACUGGCAGAAGUUCAUUGAGAACACGAUGGAUGCCGUCGACAGCAGGGAGAUAGCCAUGUCGCGGAUUGACGACGCCGUCAGCCGCAUCCUGCGUGUCAAGAUGAGAUUCGGCAUCCUCAGCAUCGACCCAUCGGAGCCACCACGGCGUCCAUCACCGAAUGAGCGAGCGGCUGUGACACAGGCCAAGAAGGUGGGCUUCGACAAGUUCUUCCAGUCGGCGGAGCACGCGCUGCUGGCCCGUGAGGCGGUGCGCAAGUCCCUGGUGCUGCUCAAGAACAAUAAGGGCCCCUCCCUGCUGCCCCUGCGACGACACCAGCACGUUCUCGUUAUCGGCAACGGCGCAGACAACCUCGGCGUCCAAGCGGGAGGGUGGUCCAUCUAUUGGCAGGGCAUUGCAUCGAGCACGAGCGAGCUGGCCAAACAGCACUGGUUCAAGCAGGGGGUGACGCUGUACCAGGGCCUCCAGCAGCGUGUGGACAAUGGCCGGGUUUUGCUCGGUGGCCCUGUUGCUGCUGACAUCCCCAAGGAUGGCGAAUUCGACGUGGCUGUGGUGGCGGUGGGUGAGCGGCCCUAUGCCGAGUACAAGGGCGAUCUGGCCUUCCCCAAGACAAUUCGCUUCGAGGCCACACAAGGGGGUAUCGACGCCCUCAACAUCAUCCGCAAGCUGAGAGCCAUGCGGCCCGGCGUGCCGAUUGUGACGGUCCUAUUCACUGGGCGGCCUGUGAUGGCCAACCAGAUCAUCAACCUCUCGGACGCAGUCGUCGCGGCCUGGCUGCCCGGCAGCAUGGGCGGCAAGGGCAUCGCCGAUGUGCUUGUGGAGGGCACCGGGCUGGACUUCAGCGGCAGGCUGGCCUACACAUGGCCUAUGCAUCCCUGUGAUGACGCAUUGGGGGGAGUGGGGGGUGUGGAUGGUGUCGAGACGCCUUUUCCCUUUGGGCAUGGACUGACGAUGCGAGGGUGGGAUGGGCAGAGGGACAGGGUGGAGCGGCUGGAUGCGUACGCUGACAUUUAUCGGUGUGAGGUGCCUGAGGGAUUCGCAAUCAGCAAGCACAGAGCGCUACGGGAAGAGUAGACAGCGCAAGUGGGGGUGGUGUGCGUGUAUGUCCCUAUCUAUCAUUCAUCGUGGUGUCUGUUAGUCAACACAAUUAGUCGGUCGGCAUCCCAUCCUGUCUGUCU